CUGAGAGAGAUGUUGAUGGCCCUAUAUAAGGUGCACCUCACCUCCUGCAGAGCACAUCCAGAAUCACAGCAAAGGUAAGACUCGUAGCCUUUGUGCCUCUCUUUCUUUGCCUUGCCCACUCUCCCUGAUGCUGACACUACUCUCUCUCAUCAGUGCUGAGUGCUGUAACUGCAACCUGCUGGGACAGACAACUUUGGAUCGUGAGCCAUGGCCUCCCUGAAGAUCUUGACCAAGAGCUUUGCAGGAUGGGUCAUCUGCUGCUGUUGUUGUCUCCCUCUUCUUCUCAGCAGCCCUCUGCCUCUGAGAGGGCCAGGGUUGGCUUCUACUGCCCAUCAUGCCUGCAGGCUCAGGAAGAUCAACUUCCAGCAGCCCUACAUCAGGAAUCGCACCUACACUUUGGCUAAAAUGGCCAGGGUCUCGGACCAGGACACAGACAACAGGCUCAUUGGGCAGCAGCUCUAUGCUAACGUCAAAGAAAACAACCGCUGCUACAUGAUGAAGAGGAUUGUGGAGAUAGUAGUGACAGAUGUCCUUCUCACCAAGGUCAAGGACCAGUAUCCAUAUGUUGAGGAGGUGGCACAUUUCUUUGCAUCCUUGAACUCGGAGCUGAGUAGAUGUAAAUUCUCAGGAAACAGAGAACACAUUGAAAGGAACCUGGAAGAAUUGAAGAGCAAAAUGAAACAGUUGGGAGAGAAUGGAAAGACUAAAGCCAUUGGAGAACUGGAUUUACUGUUUGACUACACAGAAAAUGCCUGUACUGAUGCCCCAAAGAAGGGAGGGAACAAGAAGAAAAACUGAAAGAAUUUUAGAUCAGGCUUGAGGAGAUGUCUCUGAAAAACUCUUGCUAUAGCUCAAAUUGAUUAAUUAUUGCGGAUGACAAUCCCCAUCUCCUCCCAUCCCCCAACCCUGCCUCAAUGGAGUAUAUGUUUCACCCAUACCAAAACCAGCAAACUAAGUGGGCAUAGACAGGAAGUAUAUUGCUGCCACCUUUGAAAAUGAAUACCCCAGGACAGUGUUUGCAGCUCCAUUUCAACACAAGGCAUUAAUUAUUUUUCAAAGGCACGCUCCUGUCCUUCUCAUCUCCAUUGGAAUAAAGCAACCACAUCUCUGUUUUAUAGGCUGAGAUUUGACACCUGUGAAUCAGCUUUGUUGAGGUAGACAGUGAUGCGUAGCCAGGCUGUUUUAAGCCUUUUACUUGGAAAUCUCUCUUGAAUAUGUUGCCCCCUUCUGACCUUUACCUGAAAAGCUGGUGUUUCAGAUUAUUUCAGAAAUUAUUUUUGUCAUUCAUAUUUAAUGGUAACUUAUUUUAAGGUAAUAAUUAUACAGUAUUUUUAUUUAUAUAGAUUAAUUGAAAAAUAUGCAAGGAAAUGUAUUUAUGUACUAGAGGCUUUUAAAUGAACUAUGAAAUUGAAUCUGAUGGCUGAUAUUUAUAUGCAAAUGAAUCAUUAUAUAAAUGCUUACUCUUUAAUUUAUUAUAAUAAAUAUUU